UUUUUUUAAUGUUUCAUUACUUGGCUCAUGUACGUAUGCCUGAUAUUUAUGAUAUGGCAUAUUAUAAGGACACCGAGAGAAACCAGCCACCUCCUCCCCCUCCCGACUCACAAGACGAUGGUACGGACGCCCCACUCCUGUACGUGGGCGUUUUCCUCAUUUUGGUUGCUCUAGUCCUUUUUGGAGUCCUUUUCGUUGCGUAUGUCCGGAAGUUGAAACAUACAAGAGAUUUGGGAGUACGGGAACAACCUAAGAUGCGAGAUGACUGUGGAAAGUCCGAACCUAACCGGUAUGCCGAUAUGAAAAGGCAAUACACAGCGCUGGCAAUUCCUGACCCUAAAUCUAAUGCCUAUACCCCUGUCCCACCCACCUAUAUAGAAAUCAUCAGCUGAUAUCGACAAUAUUACAAUAUAUAUUAUUAUAAUACAAUUUCUCAGUAACAAUCUAGAUGUAUGUAUUAUGUAAGAAAACAUCAUGGAGCACUGUGUCUCAAAUAACUGAAAAUAAAAACAAAGCUGACCUUGU